GUAGUAGUGAGGGUUGGGGGGUUUGGGUCUUUCUUUCUCAUUUUUGCCAUUUCUUCUACCUUUCCAUUCUCCAAUCAAACCCCCAAACCACAAAAUCCCCAUUGCUAUGCUAACCCACCUCAAUUUCAUCACCACACCACCUCCUCCUCCUCCUCCACUUCCUUCGUCACCACCACUUCUUGACAGUUACAAAAACCAUUAAAACCCAUCAAAAACCCCACCACCACCACACCCAAUCCUCUUGACACUUAUUUAUGAUCCACCAAAUCAGAAACACCUCCACAAAAGGAAGAAACCCAUCUCCAUCACCACUCCCUCUCCCCACAAAACCCACCCAUUUCAGCUUCAUAGCAACAUGUCUCCAAAUGGGGUUGUGCUCUUUCGCUUCUCAUGCUCUUCACCACUGUGAUGAUGAUCAAUGUAAAGGAGGCAAGUGGGUAUGCAACUGGGAACAUCAGCAGUAGCAGUAGCAGUAACAGUAGAGUUGAGAUGAUGGUGCCAGUGGUGGAGGAGAGAGUGGAGAUGGUGCUGAAUGAGAGCAGGAGGAGGCUGGGGAGCUUCCAGAUAUGUGCCCUCUGUACUUGCUGUGGAGGGGCCAAGGGCCUCUGCCUGCCCUCCCCUUGCUGCUAUGCCAUCAACUGCAACAUCCCAAACAGGCCCUUUGGCUUCUGCUCUUUCACUCCCAAAACCUGUAAUUGCUUUGGCUGCCAUCUCUGAUUCAAUCCCCUUUCUCUCUCUCUCUCUAAAUUAUUUUUACCUUUUCCUUUUCUUUUCUUUUUAACUGAUUUUGGGGGUCUUGAUUCUGCUGGGUGUGUGUGAAUGGCAAGAAUAUCUGUUCUUGUUUUAUU